AUGUCAAUGGCUUUCAGAUGUCAGGAUAACCGUAAGGAUAGAUGAAGGGUUGAGAUCCUGUGCCUCAUUUCUGAGUUCUCAGCUGCUAUGCCGUGGAAAUCCUGUUUACUUUCUGCAUCUCCUCCUGCAAGACUCUGGAGCCAGUCUUGAGGUCCUACAUCUGCGAAAGCAAGCUCUUCUAGAAGUUGGUCUUGUAUGCUAAGCUACUCAGGAACUGUUGUCUAUGGGAUUGAACACUUAACAGCUGUCUCUGGGAAUGUAAAUUUGAUUCUUUGGACUGCUCAUGGGACUCUGUGACAUUUUCCUCUCCAGUGAAAGCAGAUUUGAAUGGCAUUAGGCUACUGAUUAAAUAAUACCCAAACAGCUUUCCAAUGAUUAGACGAAUUGAUUCUUUCUGUGACUCAUCAGUUCAUUUCCUGUAAAAUUCAUGUCUUGCUGUUGAUUUGUGAAUAAGAACCAGAGCUUGUAGAAACCACCUUAAUCAUAUCCAGGAGUUUGCAAGAAACAGGUGCUUAACACUAAUUCACCUCCUGAACAAGAAAAAUGGGCUGUGAUCGGAACUGUGGGCUCAUCGCUGGGGCUGUCAUUGGUGCCAUCCUGGCUGUGUUUGGAGGUAUUCUAAUGCCAGUUGGAGAUCUGCUUAUCCAGAAGACAAUUAAAAAGCAAGUUGUCCUCGAAGAAGGUACAAUUGCUUUUAAAAAUUGGGUUAAAACAGGCACAGAAGUUUACAGACAGUUUUGGAUCUUUGAUGUGCAAAAUCCACAGGAAGUGAUGAUGAACAGCAGCAACAUUCAAGUUAAGCAAAGAGGUCCUUAUACGUACCGAGUUCGUUUUCUAGCCAAGGAAAAUGUAACCCAGGACCCUGAGGACAACACAGUCUCUUUCCUGCAGCCCAAUGGUGCCAUCUUCGAACCUUCACUAUCAGUUGGAACAGAGGCUGACAACUUCACAGUUCUCAAUCUGGCUGUGGCAGCUGCAUCCCAUAUCUAUCAAAAUCCAUUUGUUCAAGUGGUACUCAAUUCACUUAUUAACAAGUCAAAAUCUUCUAUGUUCCAAGUCAGAACUUUGAGAGAACUGUUAUGGGGCUAUAAGGAUCCAUUUUUGAGUUUGGUUCCAUACCCUGUUACUACCACAGUUGGUCUAUUUUAUCCUUACAACAAUACUGCAGAUGGAGUUUAUAAAGUUUUCAAUGGAAAAGAUAACAUAAAUAAAGUUGCCAUAAUCGACACAUAUAAAGGUAAAAGGAAUCUCUCCUAUUGGGAAAGUUAUUGCGACAUGAUUAAUGGUACAGAUGCAGCCUCAUUUCCACCUUUUGUUGAGAAAAGCCAGGUAUUGCAGUUCUUUUCUUCUGAUAUUUGCAGGUCAAUCUAUGCUGUAUUUGAAUCCGACGUUAAUCUGAAAGGAAUCCCUGUGUAUAGAUUUGUUCUUCCAUCCAAGGCCUUUGCCUCUCCAGUUCAAAACCCAGACAACUAUUGUUUCUGCACAGAAAAAAUUAUCUCAAAAAAUUGUACAUCAUAUGGUGUGCUAGACAUCAGCAAAUGCAAAGAAGGGAGACCUGUGUACAUUUCACUUCCUCAUUUUCUGUAUGCAAGUCCUGAUGUUUCAGAACCUAUUGAUGGAUUAAACCCAAAUGAAGAAGAACAUAGGACAUACUUGGAUAUUGAACCUAUAACUGGAUUCACUUUACAAUUUGCAAAACGGCUGCAGGUCAACCUAUUGGUCAAGCCAUCAAAAAAAAUUCAAGUAUUAAAGAAUCUGAAGAGGAACUAUAUUGUGCCUAUUCUUUGGCUUAAUGAGACUGGGACCAUUGGUGAUGAGAAGGCAAACAUGUUCAGAAGUCAAGUAACUGGAAAAAUAAACCUCCUUGGCCUGAUAGAAAUGAUCUUACUCAGUGUUGGUGUGGUGAUGUUUGUUGCUUUUAUGAUUUCAUAUUGUGCGUGCAGAUCAAAAACAAUAAAAUAAACCUGGCUCAAGCACAAACCAAUUUCUUUGUGUCGUUCUGAUUCAAUAAUUGGUUUCUGGGUGGCCAAUUCAGAAGAAGAGUGGACAUGCUCAACAAAUCCUAGGCCCUGCAUUCCUGUCAUCCUCAUCCGGGGGAAACACCAUCAUCCUAGUAGCUGCCCUAUUCAAUUGCAACAGUCUCCAGGACCAUCAGCGUAUUGCAUUUCAUGUGCACCAAAUAUUUUGAAAGACAUUUAUAAAUAAUUGGCUUAUGACUCAUAUUUCUCUAUGAAUACCUUCAUACAGCCGGUAUAACUCUUUUCUUUAUGGACUUAUAUGUUUUGUCACUGAUCCUGCAAAUGGACAUCAUUUUAGCACACUUUAGCGGUUUAUAUUUUAAGGACCUUCAUUCUCUGUUCUGUACCUCUUUUGGAAAUCGAGUAAAUUUUGCUUUUUUUUUUUUCACUCAGUUGCAACUUACACUUGGCGUCUUCAGAAUGCUUUUCUAGCAUUAAGAGAUGUAAAUGAUAAAGGAAUUAUUGUAUGAAAUAUUACAAAGCGUAGAAUAUGCAUUGUUAUUCAUUAUAAUAUUUUUUGCUAUCAUAAUUGCCUCAUAAAGACUGGUUUCAACCAUUAAAAUAUGUUCUUCCUUAAA